CAUGAACCAGAUUAUUGAUCGGUAUAACUCUCAUUCCAAGAUACUUAAGAAAGCAGAUGAGCCAUCUCAGCUGGACUUGCAUGAGGACAGCAAUUGUGCAAGACUAAGGGACGAGCUUGCAGAAGCAAGCCUCUGGCUCCAGCAGAUGAGAGGAGAGGAGCUCCAGAGCCUGAACGUCCAGCAGCUUCAGGCUCUAGAGAAGAGCCUCGAGUCCGGGCUCGGCUCUGUUCUGAAAACCAAGAGCCAAAAGAUCAUGGACCAGAUCAGCGAGCUAGAAAGAAAGAGGGUGCAGCUGAUAGAGGAAAACGCAAGGCUAAAGGAGCAAGCGUCCAAGAUGGAGAUGCAAGUCGCCGCUGAUUCACCGGUGGUGUACGAGGAAGGACAGUCGUCUGAGUCCGUCACCAACACGUCGUAUCCGCGCCCUCCCCUCGACACCGAGGACAGCUCCGAUACCUCUCUCAGGCUCGGAUUACCACUCUACAACUCGAAGUGAUUGGCUGGAAAUUAUCCGAAGCAAAGUGAUGGUUGGUCGCAACAAGGUCCUGAAUCGAACCGCGCGCUGCAUCGAAUAAACAGUUUGAGUGCGCUGGAUGAUGUGUGUAAUCUAAAAGAAGACUGGCUUCUGUUAUAUAUAGUAUAGUGUGGCAUAAUAAGAGAACAGGUUCUUUUGAUAUUACCUGCGAGUGCUGCUUUUCCCCGUCCUUGUCCUGUGCUGUAAAGCUUUAGUAGACCCCUGAGUAUCCAGCAGAACUCUGAGUUGCUUCAAUCACUCCUUGCAAGUAAAUCAGCCACUGGCACAGUGGCAUAUUGAUUUCAACAUAAGAAGGGGGGGAAAAUGUAUGUUAUGAUGUUCUUCAAGAAGCACCUGUCGAUCAUCCUUUCUGGGGGGGAGAACUUCUGUGCUAGUGACUAAUGGGAACAAAUAGAACAUGAUUAGAAGUGGAGAUUGCAAGAAAAAAUGUAUGCCCUUUGCCUUUGCACAUGUUAAACAGGAUUAGUUAGCAUCAA